AUGCAGACCGUGGGAAAAGCAAAAGAAGAUAUUCCUGGUUUGAAAAAUCGAAUCGCAGAACUUGAACGUCAAUCGAAUGAAUUCAGAACGAAAGUAGAAGAAUUACGUCGUGCGAAAGCUGCAACAACAGUGGUUAAAACCGAAAAAGAAUAUGUUAAUGCCGGUGCUUCGGGAACAAGUCGUACUGAAAAAGUCAAAUGUGAUCGAUGCGAAGAAUUAGAAGGUAUACUUCAUUUCGAAAAGAAAUCCAAUGUUCAACUGAAAAAACAAAUCGAACAGAAAGAUACUGCCAGAAAACAACCUUUACCUGCAUCAACCACUUCUGCUCCUUGUCCAAAAUGUCCAACUUCUCAAGAAAUGUUGGACCGACAAAAAGAAGAGAACAUAGAAAUGAUGGAUCGAGUUAUGACACAAGAGAAAAAGACCCAAGAAGCACGCGCUGCUAAAGAGUCGGUUGAUCGAUAUCUCUCAUUGGCACAAUCACAAUUGGUUGAUGCUAAACAUCGCCGUGAGAAAUUACAAAAGGAAAACCAGGACUACCGAGAUGCAUGUGAGAAAAUGACGAAAGAAUAUGCAGAUAAAAUGGCUGAACUAUGUCGUCAAGAAGAAGAAGCAAAGAAACAAAUUGCCACUUGGGAACAAAUGUACAGUGAAUGGAUGUCCACGAUGGAAAAACGAGUGAAUAACCUACAAAUAACGGAUCAAGAAUUCAAUGCAUCGAUGCACAAUGAUAAUUCACAUCGACGAUCUGGUGGAGCUGGAAAUCAACGACGAUAA